UCAAUCAGGGUUACAGACGGCGCUCUCAUGUGUUCACAGUGACGAGACGAGCUAAUGAUUGAUGGGAGACGACAUUAGCCAGAGGACCAUACUUCAGAUCUUAAGCUGAGUCCAUUCAGAGAACAAAGCUGCUCCAGAACCUGCAGCUUUUUACACAUAUAGAAAUAUUUGACUUUAUCUCCAAGAUCUGUCAGGAUGAGACCAGGCUCUUUUUUCCUAUUAUUUCUUCUUAUCGUUUGCUCUGAAUCGGCCAAUCCACCAGAUCCAGACCAGCCAUCAGCCAUAGACCAACAGGUACAACUUCCGGUAAAAUUCCCCUACCCAGUGGUCACAACUACCACUCCAAAAACCACCAAAGCACCCGAGACGGAUGAGUUUCUGGGUUCGCAAGAAUGUCUGGACAAAAAGUUGACUCGAGCAUCAUGUGGCCUGGUGUUUUGCCCUCCAUGGCAGCGUUGCAUUGAAGGACAAUGUGCCUGCAAACCUCCCUACCUGUGUCCCACGGAGGGCGUGGAACCAGUUUGUGGGCUAAACCACAGGAAUUACAUAUCUUAUUGCCAGGCAAUGGCAGUCUCGUGCAGGACCAAGAAGCCCCUAAUGUCUCACUUUGGAAACGAGUGCAAAGUGAACAUUGAUAAGUUCCAAAGUUCCCUGGACGAAGCCACGGGACUGAUCAAGAUCUUACUCCCUAACGGCAGCGGAGGUGUUGAUAAUUUAUUGGUGUGUCAGCAGCGGUGGGACGUGGCAGCUGCCAAUGUUGCCUGCAAGGAGCACAAGCAUCAACUAGGUGCAGCAUCUGCAGACACUUUGGACUACAACUCCCUGGUGGCCAACAGUGACAACAAAGAUCUCCCCAGCAGUUGUGUCAGUGUCCGCUGCCAAGGCUAUGAAACGUCUCUGGCUGAGUGUGAAAUCUACAACAAGGUGAAUGCUACUGACAGAAAGGUGGCUGCAGCAACCUGUUACAAGGAACCACCUGAAGAAUGUGGCUUCACCUGUGCAAACGACAAAUGCAUCUACCGCAACCAGACAUGCGACGGAGUCGAUGACUGUGGCGACCGCAGCGAUGAGAUGUGCUGCAAAAAAUGCAGGAACGGUGCUUUCCGCUGCAGGACGGGCGUUUGUUUGCACAAAGAGGCAGUUGGUGACAAAGUGAUCGACUGUCUGGAUGGUGCAGAUGAAUCCCGGAAACACAACACCGAUUUCACUGGAGCAGGAAUGGCGACUGAUGCAGUGAACUCAACGCAAAACCUACCAGAGUACAUCUCUCGUAAAAAUGAAACGAGGGCCAACAGAGCUCAUCUGGAGGCCAUGCUGUUCUGUGGGAUUCCCAACAGGAACAUCACAGACGACACGGAGACAGAGGAGCGAGGACGGGGCAACCGGAGGAAGAGGGUGGUUGGAGGAAUCCCGGCGAACCCGACCCAGAUCCAAUGGCAAGUGGCUCUGGAGGAGAACCGGAGGAUUGACUGUGGAGGAGCUUACAUUGGAGGCUGCUGGGUCCUCACGGCUGCUCACUGUGUCAGGCAGAAUCCUUCUGCAUUUAAAGUCAAGUUUUCCCUCUGGAAGAAAUUUCGAGCUCAGGGAACAACAGACAUUGUUCCCGUGGAAGACAUCCGCAUCCACCCAAACUACGUGCCGUCCACGUAUGAAAACGACAUCGCUCUGAUAAAGCUAGAGAAGCUUCCAUACACAGAGAAAUGCCUGGAGGACAACCCGGCCAUCCGAGCCGUGUGCGUCCCCUGGACCACUCAGCUGUUCCAACCCAACCACACCUGCAGCAUCUCAGGGUGGGGACGGACAGCAGAUGGGAGGUCGGCUCAGGUGCUGCUCUGGGCCAACGUGUCGCUCAUCUCUGGCUGUGAAUCCUCCUACAAGGAUCGCAUCAAACCAGGGAUGAUGUGUGCAGGUGAUCUGGAGGGCAGCGUUGACUCGUGUCAGGGGGACAGCGGCGGUCCUCUGGUCUGCGAGGACGAGCUCGGGGUGUCCUACCUGUGGGGCAUCGUCAGCUGGGGGGAGAGGUGUGGACAGCAGGGCUUCCCAGGAGUUUACACGCAGGUCGCUCAUUACUUCGAGUGGAUCCGACUUCACACCGGCUGGCCCGCGGUCACCAAGUUUAACUCCUGAUGAGAACGACCAGCUUCUCCUCGCUGCUUCAGCUCAACUCUUCGUCCUGACGGAGGCUUUCGCACGUCAACCUGAUCACAGCUUUUAUCUGCCAAUAAAAACAGAGCUGUACCCAGAAAAAUAU